ACUACAUGACAACAUCCUCCACCUAAUAUGCGACUAGCCCAAACAACACUUGCUGCAAUUGCAUCCUUAGGGAUGAAAUACGAAUUUGAGAUGAGAAAAUGAAGGAGAUAAUUGAAAAAGUUAACGAUGCAAUGAAGAAAUCAAUAAAAAAUUUCCAACAAGAGACUUCUGAACAAAUUGGGAGGGAAAUUGCCAAUUUGAGGGAAAAUAUUGUAAAAGACAUUUCGCUAGAUCUUCUGGAGAAGAUUCAGACUCAGAAUGAGCCAGCGGUGUACAUGACAAGUGACAAGAGCCCGCCAGAGAGAGAAGAGAAGGCAGAAGAGGUCGGCAAUGACCCAUCUUCACCUGAUGAUGGAUUGAAGGGCAAUGGUUCUGAGUCUGAACCAGAGAUACCGCUUCCAGAGGACGACAAAGAUUACGAGUAAGAAGAAGAAACACUAUCCUAGGAUGCUGACAACUUAGCUAGUAAUGAGGAACUUCCUUAAACCACUCAAUUUGAGUUGUUAGCUCGAACAUCAAA